AUGCCGUCCAAAACAGUUGGUCCUUCGAAAUCCGGAUCCCUGCUAGAAGUAUAUAGAAGAAUCCGUUCAAGAUGCCGGUUACCAGGUCACAGAAGGAUGCCCCCCUCACGUCCCGGAUCCUGUCCCUCAGAUAAGGACGCGACAGGUGAAAUUUCGGGAUCAGAAGGGGUCACGUCUGCGUCAGUGUCAGCGUCAUCAGGAACAGCAACUACAUCAGAUUAUUCAGGCACUACGACCACAGAGGAUACCACCACGACAGAGACCACGGUUGCAACUGCCACCACGGCGGCGUCCGAAGAUAACGGACAGAAAGAUGAAGCCGCACAGUAG